UAUAUAAAGACGUAACUAUGAAUUCUUCACAUUACGAUUUAUUCAGCGACAAUAUUGUCAGUAAAAAGUUUUCUUACGCAAAGUCAAUCAUCUGUUGGCCUGAAAAUGAUUGAAAUAGAUAUACCUCAUGAUAUUUGUUCAACAACAUUUGCUUGUGGACCAAGUUUGUAUGUUAAACGGCCCGAAAAACCUUCGUAUGAAAACGACCAAAGGUCAGGUAUAACGCCACCACUGGGAAAUGAUUAUUUGUUGGAUGAAGGACUUCUUUUUAUCCUUAAAACUUUAGUGAAGAAAUAUAAAAAACAAAUGGGUGAUCAACAAGAGACCCUUGUGUCGGGAGGACUGCAACAGUAUCUGAUCAAACUGGAAAUGAAAAAGAGGAGCUUAAUGAACGAAAAGAAAAAUGUCGACCAGGAGGCAUCGAUUUUCCAUGGGUUACCUUUAAAUGUGAAGCUCCAUAUCUUCUCUUACCUUGGAGUGAAAGACCUUUGUCGGAUGAGUGGGGUGUGUAGAGACUGGUAUGAUGUGAGCCAGGACAAUCACUUGUGGCAGGAAAAACUGACACGGAACAUUCAGUCCUGGAAUAUUAUUUCUCAUUUGACCAAUCCAGCCUUAUACAGGGAAGUGCAGUCUGAAUGGUCAAAUAAGGAAAUAUUUCUGAGAUGUUCUCCUGAAAUCAACCAAAUUAUGCAUGAGAGAAACUCCAUGCUAACAAGCAUAUCAAAUAUGCUGAGGUAUUUCCUUCCAAAGAAAGUGCCAAAGAUUGCCAUGUUUGGUCCAGGCCUGGAAUCUGAAAACACAAGCAGUUUAGUCAGACAAAUGCUGACAGCAAGAACGUUAUUGGAACAAGUGGGGAUGGUUCCAGGACAGUUUGAUGGUGUUGGUUCUGGCUGGCUUCUGAAGAUGGCAGACAGUACAAAUUUCCAGCUGUCAGUGCUAUACUCUGCUUCCAAAUCAGUCCGACAACAACCAGGAUGGGAUCGUAUCAAUGGCAAUAACUUACUGCAGGUAUCAAUACAUGAUGGUGGACAAGUCGGUGUGGAGCUCAAGCCAGCAGUCAAAGAUUUCUGUCGAACUGUGGAUGCUUUCAUCUAUGUUGUAGAUUCAACAUUAUCAGCUCCUGGUGAAGGGAAUGACGAGUUAAACACCAUGGUAAAUGAGCGCUGGUCAGCCACACAUGUUCCAGUUCUAGUAUUAUCCUGUGUUAAAGACUCCAACACCAGUCGCAUUCCUUGCAUCAAGGUCGUGGAGAAGCUUGGAAUGUCAAACAUGACAAGACCAUGGCAGGUGCGUGAUUGCGAAUCUGAGAACCUGACAGAGGUAUUAAAUGGAAUUCGGUGGGUUGUUGAACAGUCACAUAGACGAUGAAAGUUUGUUGCCGUAAACAAUUAACUACACGUCACACCAGCAUGUGACACAGUGGACAUCUGUCCAAGAAAUGGCUACUGGUCACUCCCACUCGGAGGAGUCACACACAGACUACAAAGAAGCCAGCCAUGUGAAAAGCCUAGUCACACCUAAAGAUGAUCAUAUCCAAGUAACAUCAGAAAAGAAAAAAUAAGGAGCUAGAUACUGAGUUACAAACAGAGAUUAUCAGAACAUCCUUAAACUGAGUGACAAACACAGACUAUCAGAACGUCCUCAAUGUAGCAGUCUUGUUAAGCAGGAAAGAAUUGAUCUGUUAUUUUCACCAAGUAAAGACCUAUUUUACGAAGAAUUUUACACGCAUAUUGUAUUGAAUGAACAGAUAGAGGUUCAGAAUAGUACCAAGCAAUGUGACCAAACAAUGAGAAGCUAGCCUCCACAACUCAAACUUAACAUCAUUCUUUACCUCGGUAGGAUAAAGAGUUAGUUCCAUGCAUCAUAAUUCUAAAAACAGGACAACUGAAAAUGAAGUUAUCUUGUAAAGUACAGCAUACAUGUGUCAGCUGUAAGCUUCAUGUGCUCACAUAACAUAUCAGUUUAAAGUGAUAAAACAGUAUUUAUUACUC